GGGAGUGUUGUAGGAUUGCGGUAGUAUCUGUCGGUUCGCCAGGUGAUUACUUGUGAUAUGUCUUCUGUCGUUUUCUGAGUUAUGUUUUUAUAAUUGGUUUUCGUAAGUGAUUAACUAAGUGAAAUGAAUAUCAUAAGAAGUGCUUUAGAUACGUUCUGGAGUGAAACUGUUUGGCUACCUCCUAACAUCACAUGGGCUGACUUACAACCAAAUGAAAAAAUCCAGUAUCCUAAUCAUAGUCAUUUGUAUUAUCCUUUGCCUAUGGCAAUAGGAAUGCUAAUGCUACGAUACUUGUUAGAAUGGUAUGUUUUUGCUCCAUUUGGGGUAUCUCUUGGAAUUAAGGGCUCUAAACCAAAAAAGGCCCCAUUUCAUGAUCUGCUUGAAAAGGCUUAUAAGUUAAAUAACAAAAUGAAAUAUAAAGAAGUCAUUAGUAUAGCCAAACAGUCAGAUAUGACUGAAAGACAGGUUGAGAGGUGGCUCAGGCUUAGAAGAGCUCAAGAAAAACCUUCAACAUUAGUGAAAUUUUGUGAGAACAGUUGGAGAUGUUUGUAUUAUACUUAUUCCUUUAUCUAUGGCAUUGUUUGUUUAUGGGAUAAACCCUGGCUUUGGAAUAUUGAUGAAUGUUGGAGAAAUUACCCACAUCAGAGUAUUACUUCAGACUGUUGGUGGUAUUACAUGAUAUCAAGUUCAUUUUAUUGGUCCCUUACCAUUUCUCAAUUCAGAGAUGUUAAGCGUAAGGACUUUUGGCAGAUGUUUGUUCAUCAUUUGGCAACUAUUAGUUUAAUGGCUUUCUCUUGGGUCUGCAAUCUUGUCAGGGUUGGAACCCUUGUGCUUGUUGUUCAUGAUUGUGCUGACAUAUUUUUAGAGGCUGCUAAGAUGGCUAAAUACGCUAAAUAUCAGAAAUUCUGUGACAUCCUCUUCGCUAUAUUUACAUUAAUUUGGCUUCUGACCCGAAUAGGACUUUUUCCAUUUUGGAUUAUUUACAGCACCGCCAUUUCAGCACCGAAGAUAGUUAAUACUAUGUUUCCUGCUUACUAUAUUUUUAAUGGCCUUCUCUUGCUACUCCUUGCACUGCAUAUUUUUUGGACUCAUCUCAUCCUCAAGAUUGCUUACAAUGCUAUUUCGGCUGGUCAGAUGGAAGGCGAUAUUCGGAGUUCGUCAAGUGAAGAGGUCUCUGAUGCUUCGACCAAUUCGACAAACUCAAUCGCGAAACCGAAAACUCAAUGAUUCGACCAGUUCCGAUAAUGGAUAAGAGUAAAUUUGUGCUGAUGGCCAGGGUUUUGUAUACAUGUAUAUAUACAAAUUGUACAUUGAUAGAAAGGUGUCUAUCUGUUGCCCUCUGUAUAUACCAAAGAUGUUUGUAACAAUUUGUUUUUUUUUGUUUUGUUUUUUCUUUAGUAUUGCCUUGAUGUGUCACUCUCUUUGAAGGCACCUGGAGUAGAAUGUACUCCAUAUUAAAAGUCUUUUGCGUUUUCCACCCACCUUUAUAAUAUUUGUUCGAUGUUAGAUGUUAAAUCUCUACUUAAUGUUUAUGAUGUGGAGCGAGCAAGCUUUGUUGUGAGUAUGAGAGUUCGAUAUAGGCAAUAUUUUUAGAAGUAUAAUCUUUAUUUAAAUUAAAAUUGAAUGGCCAACUUCCAUUAUAAUGGUUUUUUAGCUUUAAACUGUAUGAAUAAAUUUAUUAUUUAUUUGUUAGUUUUCAUCGCCUGUUUUCACCUUUAUUAUAACGAGAAUGUUUCCUCUAUUUCCAUUAGAAUUGGAAAUAUAAAUAAAAAUAAGUUCUGUUAAAGUUAACUUAGAUCGAUAUUGUAAUUUAUGUACAUUUAUAAAUUAUUGCCUUAAGACUGUGAUUAUUACUGACAAACUUGUUAAGCCAUAAAUCAAUCUUCAAAGGUUUUUGAGUCUAAUUAACUUGCGUUUUUAUCAUUCCAUUACUCAUCACAAUGCAUGUGAAUGUGUGCUUGUAUAUGUUUUCUAUUUAUUUUAUUUAUAAUUCACAUGUGUCGGCACGUUGAUAUGUACUUGUGAUUUAUAAUUAACUAGUUGUUGUUUUUUAUUUUAUUUUUUCACUUUAGUGAUUAUUACAAAUAAUGUUUCCUUUUAUUUUCAAUAUUAAAAAAUUGUCUCGUAAGUUUUCCGAUAUUUAUAAAUUUUGAGACUGAUUAUGGUUAUGAGAGUAAAGUGAGAUUAUCCAAUUGCACUUGGGAAAUAUGGGGACAUAAGGUAUAUUCCUACAACCUUUGUACUUUAUGUAUGUCCAUUGUUAUACAAAAAGGUACAAUGUAACUACGUCAUGACCUUUGUUAGGUACUUUUCAUAUAUUUAUUGCAUGAUAAAUGUUUCAUCAUAUUGUAAAUUAUCAUGCCACAUAGAGAUUUGUUUGUAUAGUAAUAUUAUUAAAAAUUAUAUAUUUUCUGUGCAAUAUAUCUAUGUACAUAAGUGACAAAGUGUAGGAUUUCUGUUCGCUAAUGACUUAAUUAACACUAACUCAAAAAUAUUAGGCCAACAAAUUACUGAUUAACUUAAUAGCGAUAGGAAAUCUCAUUUCCUGUUCUACUCAAUAUAUUUUGAAAUAAAUCUGCAUUUUUUGACCUCCUUACAGUGUUUUCUUUUGUUUACCUUCCUAAUUAUUUAGA